AUGGAGGAGAGGGAGGGGGAUUUGAGGGUUCCUCUGAUCUCUUCCUUGUUCUGUCUUUGUGUACUAACGGGUGGUGUCCUCCUUGUUCUCUACCUUUUCGUGCCAGAUCACUCCCAGCCAUGGUUUCCAGCUGCAGGAUUGAUCUUGAUUGGUUCUCCGUACAUAUUUUGGCUCCUGACUUACUUUUACACCAGCAUGAAAUGGUGCUGUUUUGGCGACAGCAGCAUGGACAACCGCCAGAUUUCAAGGCGCACCUCAAGGGCUGCCACAAUGGCAAACCCUGGGAUGGCCAGGACUGAUUCCAAGGCAAAUGCUGCGGCCUCUAAUAACAAUAGCAUUAACAAUGGCAAACAAGAAAGUGGCCAUAUCCAACAAGAUGGAGGAGAUGCAUCAUCCAUCAACUCUGCAAAGGAAAUUGAGAUGCCUUUAGCCUUAUCAGUUGCUUCUUCAUGA